CUCAACCUUUUCAUCUGUGCUACACAAUUGUUCAGUUACGACAUUCACUGUCGUUAUUUUGGUUCAGGUGUCGGUGAAGUGUGAUUAUCGUGUUAUUAUGUGUAAUUAAGUCAAAUCUGGAAAUAAAAUGAAUAGGCAUGCAGAAAUUAAAAGAGAUGCGGAGGCUCCCGCAGAAUUGGAGAGUCAGUUUAUUUUACGGUUACCACCGGAACCAGCAAAAGUUUUACGUGAAGCUUUAAGAAGUGGGUCUGUUCAUCUGAAGGACAGAUUGACCAUAAAGCUUGAGAAUGAUAUGCGUUAUGGGGAAGUCAGGGUGGACCACUGGCUGAUGCAUGCAAAGGUUGUUGAUGUUCCAACAAUAGUUGAAUCUUUAAAGACGAUAGACAACAAGAGUUUCUAUAAGACAGCAGAUAUAUGUCAGCUGUUGAUAUGCAAAGAAGAGGAUGACCAGACGACUACAGAUGAAGAAUCACCUGUAAAAACAAAGAAGAAAGAUCCCAACAAAGUGGACAAGAAGUUUCUGUGGCCUCAUGGUGUCACAUCUCCCCUGAAGAAUGUGCGUCGCAGACGGUUUCGUAAGACCUUGAAGAAGAAAUAUGUUGAGGCUCCUGAGAUUGAGAAGGAGGUGAAACGGCUGCUUCGGGUGGACAAUGAUGCAGUUGGCGUCAAGUGGGAAGUCAUCAACGAGGAUGAUGAGAAAGUGAAGGCUGGAAUUAUCAAGGAAGAGAACGGAGGCCUUGGCAUGGGACAGCAUGGAGACAUGUCGUUUGAAACCAGCAACCAGCACAGCGUUGAUGUUGCUGAGCAUGACAUAUUUGGUGAGGCAGUUAGUGACUCUGAAGAAGAAGAGACUAACAUCAACAUUAUGGAGCUGGAGGAUGAGACGAGUCGUCCGUCUGCCGAUGACAGUCGACUGUCAGAUUCCAUGUCUUUACAGGAUGCAUCAGACCGACCGGAGAUGUUUAGCCCACGGGGGAUGUUCAUGCCAGAGCGCAGUGGAAGGAAGCACCUAAGUGGAAUGUCCUCUCUUGCUCUUGUGAAGCAAGAGCAAGAGAGGCACGCGCAGGAUUUCAGUCGGCAGUCGAGCGAGUUUCCCCAUCAGGAAGGUAUAAAGGCAGAGCCCAUGUCAUUUGACUUCGACAUCCUGAAGGCAGAGCUGAACAAUGCAGAAGAAUCUGAUUAUGGUGGUGCACCUCAGAUGUCACAAGCCAGCAUUAGAUCCCGAUUAGAUGCUCUUCAGCAACAGUUGGCAGACCUGCGCAACAGACGACAGCAGCAGGAGCUAGAAAUUGCCAAUAUUGAGAACUAUGCUCUACGGCAGCGGUUCCAGGACAUCCUUGACAACUUGCUCACGGAGCAGCUGGAGAAAGAACAGGAGUACCAGGAGUUGACAGCAUUGUUACAAUUGUCAUGAAGAUAUGGUGCACUGUGGUGAAUAGCUUGAAGACUGAUGUAGUGGAUAUAUCUAAUGACAUCAUAUUGCCUGCAUUGCCAUUGGAGCUGGUUCAAAAAAACGUGUCUUUGAGGAUGCACUUUGUACAUGUAGAACUUUAUGUCAGUAGGAUUUAAGGUUUUCACUGUAGUGGGUACAAAGAUGGCUGUUUUCUGAGUUGUAGUGCUGCAUAGUGGUAGACUACCAGACUACGUGGUGCUACAAUCUAGUAGACAGCCAUCUUCUUACCUCAUAGUGUUAGAUAGUUCAUGCACCUUCCUUUUAUGAUUGCUUGAACGAUAAAUAAAUCGUCAUUCGUUUCUAUACCAUGUGAUACUGCAUAAUCUUACCAUACUGCUAAAAAUGGUGAGCUGAGCCGACUGGGGGCUGAAUGUGUUGAGAUGAUAUUAAAUUAGAGCCAUGAACAUAAUGUACAGGUCACAUUUGCUGUUUUCAGUGAUGCACAGUUUGAAAUAUUUAGAUGACUAAAAUAUUUGAUACUGGUAAAUAUUAAUUUGAAAAUAUAUCUUUAUAUAUUAUACAGUUAUAUAUAUAUAUAAGAAAACAGGAA